CCUACACCAUCAUGGACAGCUGCUGCCCCGUGGUCGGCGUGGACAUGCUGCCGUCGAAGCAUGUCCCCGGCGACUUCGACCUGGACACCAUCAUAAAUUUUAGAGAGCAAAAGAAAGAAAGAGCUGGGCCGUCAGUGGCUGUCCCUCGGUGGGGGGAACCUUCUAACGCCUCAGCCAGCGAUAUCAAUCAGUCUUCGUUCAACGAGUCUGCUAAUACUUCAGCCUCAACUUCAGCUCCUUCGACUUCAUCAAAGAAGGAAAAAAAAGCCCAGCCUCCUCUACGUAUGCCAAAGACAGAUUAUUCGCAAACCCUUCGCCCAGCGCCCGAGCUCACCGAAGCCAACUUCCCAAGUUUCUCUGCUGGACGCGGCCGUGGCUUAGCGAGCAGCUUAAACAAAAUGCAUAUUGGAAAACCAAAGAAGUAAACGUAGACAGUCUACCUUUAAUCUUGUCUUGACCUGUACUCAAUCUUGACUGCUAACUUUAUUUUAAGACUUCCUCUUGUGCUGUGGGACUUAGAUACAAAUAUUCUAUUAAUGUUUACACUUCGUGUAUCUAAUACACUUUAGUCAGGACUUGUUACCCUUUUAGGAUUAUUGUGUCUACAAAAUUAUUGGGCGAGCUUAUAUGGCCGACAGGGUAUGGUCAUUUAAUGGGUGAAAGUUCGAUAUGGAUAUUUCUAUAAUGCAGCUAUUCAUCACUAUCGAAUAUGUAUUUAGAAGCUAAACUUUAGCCAUGUAUGCUCGCUAUCGUGCAUUAUGGGUGCAUAAAAAAUAAAAUUAGUCUCUUGAUAUGACACCUUUACAUUUCGGUCUUGGUUCGACUUUUACGUGCAUUUAUCUGCUAUGUAUGUCUGAUAUGGAGUAAAGCAAGUAUUAAUAAAAUAUUUCAUAGUAAACAAUAGAAUAUUCAGUAGUAAAUAACCGUAUAUAAUAUACCUUAUAAUACUAUAUUCCUGUGUAUAAAGCUUGGAUACAUUGUGGUGAAAUGACCCUCAGUGACGCACAACGCUCGAACUACUUGACGCCACGUUGUCGCACUGUGUCAAGCAUGACAUAGAUUUACUUAACAUUUUCCUUUAUCCGAGAGCGACAUUGUGUCUCUCGGGUGUACCACAAAAUUGUACAACGUUUUAGGUACCAUGCACUUCAUUUGUUGCCUAGUGUGUCCAAUGUUUUAACUUGACUCAACAAAAAGGUUUAAAAAUUGUUGUAGCGAAUGAUUGUUAUUGUCUCUAGUGUAUCGGCGUUCAAUGACUUAAGUAUAUUGCUAUCUCUAGAUGAUUGUCUAUUUCAUUGAUCAAAUAUGAGAAUACAUGAUUAUGUUUUAUGUCGAUGUGAGGUUAUAAGUAAAUGAAUAGCAUUUAGUAUUAAAUUUAACUAAACAUAUAAAAUAUGAUAAUUAUUAUCUCUACAUGUUAUUUGAUGUUGUAACAAUCGAUGUGAUAAAUAAUAUUAAGUCAAAUACUUUUGUGAUUGCUUUAGUUAUUUAAGCAUUAGUGCCAUUUCCGCUUCCUCUUCUCUGAGAUAUAAUUUUCGAAAGAAACAAAUCUAUUUUUAUAUUUCAUUUAUUAAAUCUUUAAAAGAAGUGUAUCAUAUUUUUAAGGUUGGCCAUGUAGAAUAAGUUUUAAUGUAAUCACCAAAGUGAUACUUGAUCUUAAUGUUGAUAUUAUUUCGGUUUUUUUUACGAUAAAGACUCUAGCAAACAGCCGGCUAGAGUGUAAUGUGAAGUAUACGUACUUAUUGAAUAGUUAUAACCUACAGCUAUGUCGCACUCGUGUGGGCUGUGCUAGAGGCUUUAGUAACUAAGUUUCUUAUGUUAAAAUGUUGAAGUAUUUGUUUGUACUUGAAUUUAUAGUUUCGUAUGACAACUUAAUGACGAUUACAAAAUAUAUGACUUGAAUACA